AUGUUCGAAAGGACAGAGGGAAAAAAGUUCAUUCCAAGAAGCACUUUCGAUGAGAUCUUGGCGAGAACCGCAUCAACUCAGAGGGACAGACGCAAUUUUGUGCUUCGAGUUAUGGGCAGAGAACUAAACAGGCCUAGCGAGGAAGACAUCGCACUCGCAGAUUACAUCCUGGGAAGCGCACAGAAGGUUUUCCUCAUCGCAGUUUACAUACAAUUAGACCAACUCCACGCCGCAAUGAAUCUAUUCAAAGAUGCUAGGUUCACAGAUGAGAGGUUGCCGAUUAAAGAAUGGAAAGGGGACAAGUUGAAGUGUGAACUAAAGAGUCAUCCAUUCGUGCUGAUGGAGAAGGAGAAAGACAAAAGCAAGAGCACAAAGCGCAUAUGGCGUGUUCAUUCCAUCAGUUUAUUCCAGGACGACCAGUGGAUUUUCCUCACACCGACCAUUUCAGCACAUGAUCAGAAUCGCAGUUUUGACAACCGCUGUCCAAUACCGUUUACUACGAAGAACACACAGCAAAGAAGCGGCGCACAUGGCAUUGUAUACAAGUAUACUAUCCACCCUGCGCAUUACAAGAAUUCACUUCAUCAGUACGAGACCGAGCCCUCCGUGGUCGCUGUCAAGGCCUUUCGGACCGGCGGCAAGAACGUGGCUGGCGAUGUGAAAAGAGAAGUCGACGCGUUGGCCAAGAUGAACCAACUCGGACAAAAGCAUAUUGUCCGGUUCAUCACGUCCUUUCAGCGCGGUACACAAGAGGAUCUGGAACACUAUGUUUUGUUCGAGUGGGCGGACGGCGGGAACCUCAGCGACUUUUGGCAUCAACCACAAACACCAAAGCGAACGGCCUCGUUAGUCAAGUGGGUAAUCGAGCAACUUUGUGGACUUUCAAGAGCGCUCAGAGCAGCCCAUUAUAUGCCAAAUGGGGCAUGUUACCGCCACGGUGAUUUGAAACCCGGCAACAUCCUCUGGUUCCCUGACAGCGAUGGAUAUGGCACGCUCAAGAUCGGUGACUGGGGUGAGGCAAAGAUUCACAAUCAAGUUACUGCAUUGCGCCACGGUCGCGUGGACACAACUGCGAAGUACGGCACAAGAAGAUACGAACCACCAGAGACUGGCCUGCAUCCGCUUCUGCCGAAGGGGACUCCGCAUGUAAGGUCCCGCUUAUACGACCUCUGGGGUAUGGGCUGUAUCAUCCUCGAGUUUAUCAUCUGGCUGUUGUACGACCAUGAAGAGCUCAGUAGAUUCAACAACAGUAAUCAAGGAUACUUCGGUUCUUCUGACAUGUUCUACGAGAUUAGUCACGAGAGAGUUGUACGAAUCCAUCGCGUUCUCAACUCGGAGGAGGUGAACACUACUGGUAUCGAAACCAGGGGCCAAGAUCAGCGCCAGGGGACAUCAUUGGCAUGCCUCAUCUACCGGUACCUACUGGCCACAGAGCGCAACCUGAUGACCUCAUCACCCCUGCAAUUGACAUGGUCGAUUAUGCGCAUCCAUCAUUAG